CAACUAUGGAUGAUUGCGAGCACGGCAAUAUGAGUAUGGACAUGGAUGGCGAUGGACCCUCGUCGCACCACAACCCUUUUGAUAUGCGACCCAGCAUGGAACCCGCACUUCCGAUAAUUCCCGAAUCACCCAACCCUUCGCCGCCAUGGAAGAGCGGAGUUGCGGAUGCCAGGAUGCAGAGCCAGAUCAUGAACGGGAACGGCGGUGGUCUCACUCCCCGUCCGCAUCCGCUUUUCCCCGCCAAUGGAGGUAAUCAACCUACGCUGAAGACCACUAACGGUGUUAUGACUUCCACUCCGAGGAAUGAGGAAGACUCUUUUACCUCGACGAAUGGUACCCAUGGGACAACGCUGGAUGAUGAUCCUUAUGCGUGGAUGGAGUCUCCGGAAAAGAUCGCUCGCCUUCGAGACUUGAAGAAUUUCGCGCUCGGAAACGCCCGCCUCCUCUACGGCAACGACCGAAACCGGUACCACGACAUCGUCACCGCGUACAUCCCCGUCUCCACCUCUGACUCCACCACUCCUGGCUUCUCAAACGGAGGAGUCGGAAGCAGUGGCCUAGGCACAUGGGUAGCCAUCCUCAUCAUCACCAUCGACGGCACGAGCAAAGCGCUCCGGGAGGAGAGAAGCGAGUGUCCGAUCCGAGCGACGCAGGCGCUUGUGAGGGGGUUGAUGAGGGAUACGGGGGUGCUGUUUUGUGGGUUACCGUUGCUGUUGCUGUUACUGUUACUGCCAUCGUCACUUCCCCAUUCUUCACAAAUCACAGUCUGACAUCUGAGCUUUCGGUUCUUCUUUCCAUGUUUCGUUCUUUCGUUCUUUCCAUCUUCCAUCCUCUUACGUCCCUACCCGCCUACCUCCCCCUCCCCAACCCCCUCCUAUUCUACUUCACCGAUGAAGAUCCACUAAACUAACCCUCCCCUCACAGCACACAAACACCCCAUCACGGGCG